AUGGUCGAGAGUGUGUUACAAGCUGGCGACAUCCGACAUCAGUUUGGGAGCAUCGGUUCUGCCCAACGGUUCGAUUCACAGCGUAGCGCUCAAGUCCCGCAUGAGGAUGAGUGGGACUUGAUUGAUGGGAAUGCCAUGCUGAAGACCAAUAUCCACCAGACUUGGAACUUUGAUCUUCACUGGGAAGUUAUUGACUUUCUCAAUGAUCAGCUCGAUGAUCCUGACAAGUUGAGGUCGUAUUUCGUUGUUACAGGGACAGAGGACAGAGCAUGGGCGUCUACAUGUCUUGACUAUCUGCGAAAAUUGUGGCCGGACAGUGGAGAGAAUUUUCUGGAGUCCUUCAUUGCCCUCCUGAAAAAUAUUCGGUCACUAGGGAAACAUCAAAUAUAUCGCCUGAAGGUCUCGCCAAACCUGAAUUUCAGGGUGCAUAUGAGUAGCUCUAAUAGGACGCUUCGUUUUUGCGGGUACGCCACAGGACACGAUACUGUCACCCUCAUGCGUCAACUUGCCUGGAUCGUAUCCGUCUGCCGAGUACCACAAGACGGCCGCCUCCUUCUUUCUCGAGCUUGUAUCCAACCGAAUGGCUCAGAGCGUCAAUUCUCCAUCAAAGUUGAACCUUUGAAACUGGCACCGAAGACGGGCGGGAGCUGCUGGCACGAAAUGUUUGUGGGUUACGUCCUCGCGUACGGAUUUCCGAUACCAGCAAGAGACUUUGGACUUGGCGUCGAAAUGCCCUUCUACAUCAUGACGAUUCUAGGCCUUGUCUGCUAUCCAAUCAACUACGGCGCCGGACUUGUUUUGAAAGGCGACAACACUGCACUGAUACCAUCGAAGGAAUCAAGCGGGUCUAAUGCCAUACAAUGGCAUUUCGUGCGCAGCCCCAGUGCAGACUCAGCUCUCUCGUGGGAUUCUAUUAGCCGCCGCUGCGGCCCAGAAGGUGUGUUCUGCGAAACAAAUUGGAAACGCCUCGCUGAUAAAAGGGCAUUUGUGGGAUAUUUCCCCAAGGCCGAGGUCCAUUUGGGAACCGAUGACUCGGGCUUUGCGCACAUCAAACCGUCAGGUGCUCCGAUCGAUGAUAAGAGGCGCUUCAACUUCGUCAACGAGAUCACAGGCUCUUUUGGUACUUCCGGCCUUGGUAUCUUUGGAGGCGGGGUUUCGGGGAAGGCGGUCUUCCAUCGCCUAUCCGAACAACGGAUCAAAGCAGCACAUGGCAUGUUCUGGAAUAAGCUCUGCAACGCAAAGACCCAACCUUUGCUGCUCUUUGACACAUCCACAAAAAGAGGCUGGCUUGUUCCUGAACUGAGUGGCGUUCUUCACAUUGCCUUGACGUGGGCCUCGACUGCAGAAGACCCCGCGGUUCUCGCCGCAUUCGAUAGGGCCCAGAUUUCAACAGAUGGAGGAGCAGCAGCGUAUUCUGCCAUUCAAAAAGCAAGUACCAACUCCCUGCCGGGUGUUGAGGACGAUGCCGACUUCGAUAAAGAGAUGAAAGUUCGGGAUAUCGUGAAGCGAGUUCUGGAAUCUCUCGGCCAGAUCAAAGAACAACAGCAACAGGUGGCACAUUGCUCAGGCACUCUUACCGAUGGCUUGACAGGCUACGAGUAUGUCGACAUCGCUCAUUUUCAAGACACUCUUGCCGCCAAGAGAGUGAAGCUGGACGGUUCCUGCACUGGAGACUGGCUCAAAGUUGUCAAAAAGUGGCCUGAAAUUGCCGUUCUUCUAUGCGCGAACCUCGGAGAGCCAUACUUGGACUAG